GUAACACACACACACACACACACAUGAUCGGGGGCUGCCAGCCCGCCGCCUGCGUUGGAAGGGUCAAGCCCCCUGCAGAUCCUCCGAGGUGUCGCCUGCAGACAUGAGAAUCAUAGCAGGUGUCGGAGAUUCCGGAGGAAAAGAGGAAAGCGACUUAAUAGACAUUAGCCAAUCAGAGUUAGAUAUGUACGUAAACUACCAGCCCCUGAUGCUCCUUCCUGACUUUGACAGUUCUUCUGUGCAGGUCUCGCACCUGAGCUCCACCCCAUCUCAGUCCCUCAGCACCAUGGUGGGGCCCCCUCACCACCACCCCUAUCACCACCACCAUCAUCAUCAUCACCACCCCUCCGUCAUCAGUGCCUCUGUCAACCCCGGGCAGCCCCUCCCGUCUCCCAUGAGCACCCUGGGCUCGCCAUUCAACGGGCAGGGCAGCUCGCCGUACUCAGUCAUCACCUCGUCAUCUCUGGGCUCCCCAAGUGUCUCCAUCCCCCCUACUCCCACCAUGGGCUUCAGCACACUCUCCAGCCCACAGAUGAACUCUCUGAACAAUGUGAGCAGCAGUGAGGACAUCAAGCCUCCGCCAGGCCUAGCUGGACUGGGUCACAUGAACAGCUACGGCUGCAUGAGCCCAGGGUCCAUGUCCAAGCACAUCUGUGCCAUCUGUGGGGACCGAUCCUCAGGGAAACACUACGGCGUGUACAGCUGUGAAGGCUGCAAGGGCUUCUUCAAGAGAACCAUCAGGAAGGACCUCAGCUACACGUGUCGAGACAGCAAGCAGUGCCUGAUCGACAAGCGCCAGCGCAACCGCUGCCAGUACUGCCGCUAUCAGAAGUGUCUGGCUAUGGGCAUGAAGAGAGAAGGUGCGUGUGUCUGUGUGUGUGUGUGUGUGUGUGUGUCUCUGUGUCUCUGUGUGUGUGACUCCCAUGUUUGUGUGUUCCUCUGCGCAGCGGUGCAGGAGGAGCGUCAGCGGGGCCGGGAGAAGAGUGAUAAUGAGGUGGAGUCUACCAGUAGUUUUAACGAGGAUAUGCCCGUUGAGAAGAUACUGGACGCGGAGCUGGCUAUCGAACCCAAGACUGAAGCCUGUAUGGAGGCGAGCGCAGGCAACUCUAAGAACGACCCGGUCACCAACAUCUGCCAGGCAGCAGACAAGCAGCUGUUCACCCUGGUGGAGUGGGCCAAGAGGAUCCCCCACUUCUCUGAGCUGGCCCUGGACGACCAGGUCAUCUUAUUACGAGCAGGUUGGAAUGAGCUGCUCAUUGCCUCGUUCUCCCACCGCUCUGUGACAGUGAAGGAUGGUAUCCUAUUGGCCACGGGGCUCCACGUACACCGCAGCAGCGCCCACAGUGCCGGGGUGGGCUCCAUCUUUGACAGGGUGCUGACGGAGCUGGUGUCUAAGAUGAAAGACAUGCAGAUGGACAAGACUGAGCUGGGCUGCCUCCGAGCCAUUGUUCUCUUCAACCCAGAUGCCAAGGGCCUGUCUAAUCCUACAGAGGUGGAAGCCCUGAGAGAGAAGGUGUACGCCUCACUGGAGUCCUACACUAAACACAGAUAUCCGGAGCAGCCUGGCAGAUUUGCCAAGCUGUUGCUGCGUCUGCCUGCACUACGCUCCAUCGGCCUCAAGUGUCUGGAGCACCUCUUCUUCUUCAAGCUGAUAGGAGAUACGCCCAUAGAUACUUUCCUCAUGGAAAUGCUUGAAGCGCCGCACCAGAUCACAUGACACAUGUCUUACCCAUUGUAAAUACCCCCUAAACCCAAUUCCCAGAUCCCGUACCCCGGAGUACAACUGCUAUGAAGUCAAACUUGAGAGUUCUUCACUUGCAUAUUUUGUACCGAGCACAAUUAAUAAUGUGAAAAUAAAAAGUUUCUAUUGGUAUUUUAAGAAAUGCAACACUGUCAAAGGUGAAUUUUAAAGAGGAUAAUGUUUUUGUAAAAAGAAGAGUAUUAAUUAUCAGAUCUAGCAACAAAUGAAUGCAACAUGAAGUCUUAUUUUAUUCAAUGAUGAACGGUAUGAAAUACAAUGUCACCAGAAUAGAAUAUCUGUGCAAAUAAAAAGACAACUUUUAACAUAAUAAA